AUGAAAUGGUUUAGUUGUCCAUUUCGUACAUCUAAGCGAUCUCAUAAGAAUUACGUAAAUGCGAAGCCUGGCUUAUCACGUUAUGCCACUGCUGCCGACACAAUGUUAGAAAUUUUCAACCUUUUUAUAACUCCUGACAUGAAAGACGUCAUCUGUCGUCAUACAAAUGAGGAGGCUGUCAAAUUCUAUGCGGAUUGGAAAGCAAAACAUCCUGAUGCAGACAAUGAGUGGAAAUUAUUGCAAAUCGAGGAAUUGGAUUGUUUUAUAGCAAUUCUCAUCAAAGCAGGCGCCUUGCGAUGUCGACGAGAAUCUACACGUGAAAUGUGGACAAGGGAUGCAUCGAUCCGACGCAGUUUUUUUACAGCUUCCAUGUCUGUAAACAGAUAUGAAUUAAUUUCAAAAUUCAUAAGAUUUGAUGAUAAAGCAACCCGUGCGGAGAGGAAAGCACAUGACAAACUUGCAGCAAUAAGACAAAUUUGGGAGCUAUUUGUUGCAAGUUGCAUCAAGAAUUUUGUACCUUACGAACAUUUAACGGUUGAUGAACAACUUGUAGCCUUUAGAGGAAAGUGCCCUUUCCGACAAUAUAUGAAGUCAAAGCCAGCAAGAUACGGAAUUAAGAUCUGGGCAGCAGCUGAUGUGAAAACAAGCUAUAUAUGUAAUUUACAAGUAUAUACUGGCAAAGGAUUGGACAACGUUAGGGAAAAAGACCAGGGACUUCGAGUUGUCAAAGACCUCACCCAACCAUAUAAAGGCAGUUGGCGAGGUAUAACCACGGACAACUUCUUUACCAGUGUUGGUUUGGCAAAAUAUUUGCUAGAAUCUAAAUUGACACUGUUAGGAACUGUGCGCAAGAAUAAGCCUGACACACCUGCUGAAAUUAGCGUAAAAUCCAGACCUGAGAAAUCUUCAAUGUUUGCAUUUACUAAAGACAUAACUAUGGUUUCAUAUAUACCAAAGAAAGGCAAGAUGGUUCAUUUACUGUCCACUCAACACGAUGAUGAUAUUGUAAGCGAAGCAGAUGAUAAUAAGCCUAUUAUGAUAUUGGAUUACAAUAAAACCAUGGGAGCAGUUGAUAAUGCCGAUAAACUAGUAAGGGAAUAUUCUUGCGCCAGAAGAACUAAGCGGUGGCCCUAG